GGUCAACACAUCUUCAUUCCUUUCCUUCUCUCCUUCGUUUCCCUUGUCCCUCGUCCUGCAUUCCUCUCCUUUUCUUUCCUUGUUCUCUCUCACUCGCUCUCCCUGGGCAGCCCCUCGAACCUCCUUGUUUUCCGCCCUCUCGCUCUCUUCGAUUUAACUUUUUCUCUCGCCAUUAGUUUCAAACACCACAAAUCCCUUUUCUCCGGUCGAUCACUGUCCAUAAUUUUCUCACCGUCGGAGCCAUUCGCAACUCCAAUCAAUUGCUGAGGGUGUCGAAAUUCUCCGUGUCUGCCUGACGACGGUGUCCACCUCCGACAUAAACAUGUUCCGCCGACGAAGGAGCUCGUCGCAACAUCAUCAGCCACUGUCCUCGUCAUCCGCUCAAUCCGCUCAGUCCGCCGCCAGCCAUGCCUUCCUCAAAUCCCGACCCUCCUCGUCGAGCCUCUCCUCUGCCGCCGCUGCGACAGCCCUGCGGAACCUCACGCCCCCUCCCACCGACGUCGAGAAUGUCCAGACGAAGCGCAUGAUCCAGCGACAGUCGUCGGUCUCUUCCCAGCCGAGCGCUUCCGCAACCCUACGCUCCUCCAGCCGCAAUGGCCUUCGUCGAAGCAAUAGCUCGAAUUCCAUGAGUACGCGGACCUUUCGGGAACAAUCCCCUCGUCGUCCGGUCUCCAGCUCCGGCCCUGGUCCGGUGAAGAACGCGCCGCCUAUCCCGUCAAUCCCGAAGGAGUAUACAGGGCGAAGCACUCCCGCCCGACGGUCGGUCAGCGUUGGGGGUUCCAUGCGGUCGUCGCCCCCUGUGAAGCAUCCGUCGGGACGCGGAGGGAGCGUGGACCGUGAAAAUAUGCGGACGGUGAGUCCUAGCUUAUAUACGGUACCUGAAGCCCAGAGGACGGGGAGUUCCAUCAAUUUCUCUUACCCGAUAAACUCGCGCCCAAACUCCCCGUCUCAGCCACCCGAAGCCUCCGAUGGGCGCGAUGUGUCGACAGGCGCAUUGCUCGCCGACCGCUUGGCAGGACUGAGUGCCCCCAAGGCCCAGAAUAUCCCGUCGCAGCCAGCAAACACGUCCGCCCGGAGAAGGACCCGGAAUUCCAGCCCUGGAAGCCCCGGAAAGGGUACGCCGCCCGUGACCACAGCUAUUGCUGCAGCGCAGGCUGCCAUCAUUCCCUCUUCGCCGUCGGUCACGACGGAGCACCGUGAACCAGAAGUUCGGGAAUCGCUCCCUGCCUCGAUCCCGGCGUCUCCGGAAUCGAAACCAUCCCCCUCCCGUCACGCCCUGAUGAAACGGCCGUCUACCGUGCGCGAGGACUACCAGGGCGAAGAAAAAGCGGAGGCCAGUGCCCCUGUGAAGAUCAAUCCUACCCCGCGAACCGGGAGGGUGACCCCAGAGGGCCCGUCGGUAGCCAGGAUACCCCAGACCCCGGACACGGGAAGAGACUCGCUACAGAGUUCGGUCAUGAGUUCUCCGGAAUCAACCGGCUCCGCCGAGUUUGGUCGUGGACUACAGCCGUCGCCCUUGCGGCAGGCCAGCAGCAGCCCCGGCAGAUCGACCCGGUUUUCCACGCAAUUGUCCGUGACCGGUCUCCCGGGAGAUUUGUUGCACAAACCGCCGCCUCGAUCGGUGUCUCCCGUUAAGUCAGCGAUGAAAAGCUCGAGGGUGAGCUCGCUGUCACCCGACGGCCGGACUGGAGUCGUGUUACGACCAGGCCCUCCACUCAGCGAAAUCUCGGACGGUACUUCCGUCGGAUCUGACGACGGUUCCAAGCAAGGGUUUCGCAAGAAGGCAGCUAAGGUCAGCUUCGAUGACGAGGCGGAGGUUGUUGGCGUGGCUGCAAGCCCGCCGACGUCGCCUGAAUCCGUUGUCCCUGACUCACCCCCAGGUACCUCUAAAGCCAAGUCUAAAUCGAAUUGGUUUGGACUUGGUAAAAAGAAAUUUCACCCACGGGAUACGGCGAUAUCGGAUGAGUUCGAUGAAGUACUCAGACCGCGCCCCGUCCUGCCGUCGUUUGGGAGUAUACGCGGCGCGAGAGACGGUGAACACGCGGAGCCAAUCCGGCAUGAAUUUAGUGAUAACGAUUCGACGACCUCGUCGGAGCCCAAUCUGGGAGCCCCGGACUGGUCUUUCUCUAAUGAUCAUAAAAUCGGAGCGAUUCUUUCUAAUAACGAGCACAAUGAUACUCGGGCGAGUUCCGAACAUCAUGAACUGGCUAUGUCCCCUGAAACUACUGCAAAGAGCAGCCGACCAGAUCCACCGAGUCAUCCUGCAUCUAUGGACGAAUCGACAGAACAGGGUCAUACCCAAGACACACCUAGUGCACAUGACGACGUUUUGAAUCAUCCAAACUCCAGCCCUGCCCUUGGCGUGCCUGGGAUCGCGGUCCAACCAGCGACACCUGAACUGGAGAAGGAAAGGUCUAGUCUCGAUUGGUGCACAGUGCCAGGGGGUUUUCCAAGGGCAUCACUAGAGUCCAAGACUUCGAGUCGGCGUAAGGGCAAGAAGGCCGUUGAUAACUCUGCUGCCCAUACAGUCGAGGAUCAGGACACCGAUGACGAUUCGGGCGAGAGUAUCUAUAGUGAUGCCGAAGAGGGAUUUGAUGGCGACAAUUUUGGCUUUGGCUCUAUCAAUGCUAUUGUGGACAGCAGCACAGGACCGAUCCAGGACGAACUUGUCGACGCAACCCGGGAGUCAACGAAAAACGAUGGAGCUGGUGAUCGAGCUUCUGAUGCCCCGUCCGACAUGCCUGAAACCUGCCAGAUCGCUCGUGUGGAAACCCCUGUCCGAAGUUCCUCUCCUCCGCCACCUGCAAGAUCUCCUGCUUCUCCUCAAGAGCCGCUUCCAUUCUCUUCCCCCUACCCUCCUUUCCCUACGCGGCCAAGUGCGAAGAAGAGCAAUACGCAAGAACAAGUCCCACGAGAAUCGAUGGUGGCAAACUCAGCCAGACGGUCCAUGUCGACCGACGCCUACGAGGGCCCUGCAACGCAAGAUGUAGUGGCCCGCCAGAAUGGCGACACCCGCACACCGUCCGCGGCCGGGCAGAAGCCAGUGAAAACCAGGCCUGCUUCGUGGGGCGGAGGCCUUCUGAAGAGUAAAGAAGCCAUCUCUGAGGAGGCACAGCAAGCGAAUGGCCAUGGUGCUCAUCAUCCUCAGAGGCGGCUGUCAAACGGGAGCGAUUCGUCCAGCAGCUUCGUACGAUCCAACCGCCCAGCUCGCGCGAGUCCGCAGUAUACCAUGCGACGUACUAUGCGGGGGAUACCCCCUCCACGCAUGCAAACUGCUUCCCCGAAUCGACAGAAGUCGCCCCCUCCGGAUAUGAGGCCCCAGUCGUCGGGUUCUGGCACUGCCGGCGCUCUCCGCACAACUCUACGAGGAAAUGAGAACCGGCGCGAGAAACCGUCCUUCUUCUCUACGGGAAAGAUGCAAAAGGCCAAGAUUGCCAAAGCACCUGGGUCUCGGUUCACGUCCCGGUAUCCUGAUUCCGACGAGGAACACGGUAGCAAGGAUGCACGUCCGUGGCAAAGCCGCUACGAGAAUUCGAGCGACGACGAGCCAGAGAUGAACAAUCUUCGCCCGGUCCGCGGCAUCCCCCGUCGGGCGGGCAAAGAUGAUGGGGACUCGACCGAGCUGGAAGACAGCUCGGACGGCGAACGACAUCGGCCGGCAGCCUCUCCAGCUGCCCGGAAACCGAGCGAGCCCGCCUCACCCAAGAACCCGGCGCUCGCCGCGGUUGCCAAAUCCCGCGGGAUGACCGAGAAGGAGGCAGAGGACUUCCUCCGCCGGCCCAAUAUCGAACGGCGACCUAGUCUGUUUCACCGGUUUACCAUUAGAAAACCCAAGCCCUCGGCCGAACGCGGAAGCUCCGCCAAGUUGGGACAGCUGGAUGCCGACCAGGUGCGCGAGCAACCUGUCCUGGAUCCGAACCAGGGCAAUAUCGUCACAACCAUCACGGCGAACCCCGGCACCCCUUCAUCACCCCGGCUCCUCAAGAGAGGCGCCUACCGAUCUACCGGCGGAGAGAGCUGGCCGCUGCGAGGCCCUCCCAAAGAAUUGAUCAAUGGCAAUCAUGCCUCCGAACGACCCCAAACAGCCGACGGAGCCGGUCAAAACGGCAGCACGGCCGUUGGCGACGAUGCGAUCUCCGUGUCCAAGGAGAACCAGAAUCCUCUGGGCAUCUCCGGCAUCAAAGCUGACGGUCAGCAAUCCACGGUAGACAAUCAUUCCACGCCUCGCAAAAAACGAUUCCCCAAGAUCCGGAAAGCAUUUGGUCUCCGGAGCUAGAUGCAGCCUUCUUCUUCCACUCUUUCUUUUUUCCCCACCACACUUCGGAUCUGUCUUCGUCUUUUGACUGUUUCGAUAUAUACUCGAUGUAUUUGUUGUAAUUUUUUUUCUGUGACUGAUUCAUGACCAUUUAUUUUUAUUUUACCAUUAACAUAGCUGCUGUCCGCGAUAGCAGGGCCAAUUGUGACGGAACCGGGGGAUUUUCACGAGAUAUGGAUACUGUUUAAUAUGUUUGAUUUUGGACAACCGCCGGCAGGCUCAUCAUUAAUUAUACGGGGUUUAACUCGGUGGCGCUUAAGGGGUUGAGAUCAUGGAGUUGGAAGAUGGGUUGAGGUCUCGUUCAUCUUCGUGUAUUUGAUUCUGAAUUUUAUUUUUUGAUUGAGACACCAGUCCCAGGGGGAGACCAGAC